AAGUUCUCUGUAUUCCAAAAGUAAAAACACAUCAUUAUGACAUUAUGACACAUUAUUAUGACAUUUUUACAGUGAAAACAAAAUACUGCAUUUUUAAAACUGGAUUUGAUUAUUCAUUAUCCAAUUUUAUUACAAUCUAAUACCAGUCUCAAAUUCAGUGAAAUUGUUUCUACAUUACAUUAAAUGUCUCUACGGCUGCUCUUUCAGCAUCUGGGUGGAAGCUGAGUGAGGAGCAUUUUUCUGCUGCUUGUGGGCAGUGGUGUGGGUGCUGCUGUCACAUUCUAUAGAAACAAAUCUGCUUGCCAAACAGUCAUGGAUUCCAGAUGCAUGGAAAUAGCUGCCCUGGGAAGACCUCUGUAUCCUGGCAUGUUGUAUGAUUACCGGAACGACUCCUUUAUUCCAGGUGUGACUUUAUGGGAUAAAAUUGCAUUGAGAGAUGACAUUGAUGUUCAUAAAAAGCCUAAAUCACAUCUGAAAUUUGCAGCCUCUGAUAGUCUCAGUGAUAAGGCAAACCUCCUAGACAUAAGUGCUUCCCUUAAAGCCAGUUUCCUAAGUGGAUUGGUGGAGGUUGGAGGAUCGGCCAAGUACCUGCAAGAUACCAGAUCUUCAGCACGUCAGUGCAGAGUUACUAUGCAGUACAGCCAGACGACAACAUUUGAACAGCUCACUAAGAAAGAUCUCAGUAAUAUCACCUACCCACAAGUAUUUGACCAGAAAACUGCCACUCAUGUAGUUACAGCUGUACUGUAUGGAGCUCAGGUUUUCAUGGUGUUUGAUUAUACAAGUGCAGAAAAUGAGAACAAAAAGGAAAUUGAAAGAAACCUUCAUGCAGUGGUCAAGAAGAUCCCUACUAUUUCCACUGAGGGUCAAGCAUCGCUUAACAUGACUGAAGAUGAAAAAAAAAUGUCUGAGAAUAUUAGUGUCACAUUAUAUGGUGACAUUAAACUUGAAGAAAACCCCACCACAUACAAUGAGGCUCUGGAUGCGUACAAGAAGAUGCCUGAUCUGAUGAAGCAACAAGGUAAAGGUGUACCUCUGACAGUGUGGCUGUAUCCUCUCAAUCUUUUGGAUGAUAGGGCAGCAAAGUUGGUGAGUGAAAUCAAUUUAAACCAGGCGUGUAAAACAGAACAUUUGUUGGAGGAACUCAAUGAAAUGGAGAGAAUAUGCAAUGAUUUGAUCAAAAGACCCAUAACAGAUGAUUUCCCUGAUCUAAAAGACAGGUUGGAAAAGUUUCAGGUAUUACACAGAAAUUAUACAAAUUCAAUCCAGAAGGCACUAUGCAGUGUUCUGACAGCUAUUCGUGAUGGGACACACAAGGACAAGGCACUGGGGGACAUCUUGAGCAUCCAUGACACAUCACCCUUCAAUGUAAGCAUCAUUAACAAAUGGUUAGAUGACAUUACAACUGAAUUAAAUAUUCUGAGCUCCUAUACAGCUGGGUUAAAGGACCUCAAAGUUGUGAAAUCAUCAGGAUCAUUAAAUUCCAUCUGUUUUCAUCCUGAUGUUGAUGGGGUGGUAUGUUUGACAUUUACGUCUCUAAAGUAUGAUGACUCCUACCUAGCAGCUCUACAGGACUUUAACAAAUCUGAAGAAUUUAAAAUGUUGGGGAAAACAAGUGAGAGAGUUUCCAUUCUCCAAGCAGCACAGCCUUGGUUCACUUCUCCUGAUAUUUCUGCAAGGAUGAGGCAGAAUCUUUCUCUCUUUACCUCCUUUGUAAAGGCCAAUAAAAAUGCAAAAAGAAUCAAAUUCAUCAUUGCCUCCAUACCUGAUCCCAGCAAUCCAGGAACCUCAAUAAAACUUUAUCAGAAUGGCUCUCUGACAGAUCCUAAGUUCCAGCCUGUAUCCAAACCUCCCAAACCUGUAGUGGAGACCAGUGAUGGGAAAGUCACCCUGAAGCUUUCAAAAUCCCCAACUGGAGAGACUGUACACUUCAGAGUUGAGUACAGGAUGACACCUUCAAAUGAUUCUGCAGCUGAUGAUGAGGAAUGGACAGUCAUAGACACGUCAGGUGCACAGAACACCUUCACAUUGACUGGACUAAAGCCAACAGAACAAUACUGUGUCCGAUACAGAGCUGUUAGUGAUGUGGGAGUGAGUGAAGCCAGCAACUCUGUCCCCUUCACCAUUCAAGGGAAGCUCACUGUCACAGUAGAGCCAUGGAACCUCUCCGUAUCUCAACUCAUCUAUAACAUAAGGACUAAAAUAAUGAACAGUCCUCCUGAUAUACCACGUCCAGUCUGCAACCCUAGCGAACCGUAUUUGGGAUCAAUCCCUGGAGGCUUGAGACCUGGUGUGGCUUUGUUCUUUCAAGGGAAAAUUCCAUCACAUUUUGAUCGUUUUGAAAUAAAUUUGCAGAAUGGACGGAAGUACCUUCAUGACAUCGCUUUCCACUUCAACCCCUGUAUGUCCUGUGUGGUCCUUAACAGCUGCAGGAAUGGGAAAUGGGAGAAUGAAGAGUUGCCACAAGCAGGCUCUUUUUUCCUAGAAGCAGCUUUUGAUAUCAUCAUGUUUAUUAAGCCAGAAUGCUAUAAGGUGCUGGUGAAUGGCCUGGAAUACUGCACGUUCAAGCACCGUAGACCGUUGGACACAGUGACUGCAAUUUAUAUUAGUGGAGACAUCUUCAUGAACACCAUUGCCAUUAUUAAAGUGGAUGAUGUUAAUCUGAAAGUCAGCGUCUCCAGUCCUGGCCACAUUUGAGGACAUUUAUUUUGGUAUAUUUCUGAUCAGUUAUAUCAGAAUUACAACACUUGAUGGCUAUGAUUUUAUCUUGUUAUUAAUCGGUAAUUAGUUAAAUCAGCAACUACUGAGCAUUCUUAAGAGAUUUCAAGUCAAGAUGCUUUUUUUUUGUUUGUUUGUUUUUGUCGUUUGUUGGUGUUAGAAAUGCAUACUAUAUAUUCUUUACUAGACUUUAAAUACAGUCAAUGAUACAAGCCAUUUGCAAUAUCUAAAUAGAUAGAUAGGUACUUUAUUAAUUCCCCCUUAGGAAAGUGGCAGCCGAACAUAACCAUACAAUACAAAGGAUAAAAUAUAUAGAAAUAUAGUAGAUAUAAUAGAUACAAAAAUAAAACUGUCAGGGCUGUCAAGUGUCACACAUUGAGAGUGAUAAUCACGCAUUUCAGUCUUUUGUCACGCACUCCUGCCACACAUCGUAUUUCUCAUGCAGAAAAACAUUUUGACUAUUUAUCAUAUAUUUAAUAUGCUGCAGCACCCAAAAUAUCUGUCCACACCGUUCUCUCUAUGGAACUGGGCAGUAAUCAAGCGCAUCUCCCCUGGAGUUCUUAGUCGAGCCUGACACUUAUCAGCCAAAAAAAAAAGAGGCUACACAAUAGCCAAUCAGAAAAUGAUAACAACCAAUAAAAAUAAAAUAAAAAACAUUCAUAAGCGAGGAUAUUCUCGAUGGUCGGUUUGAACAAAACCUCAACACGAAACAGCUUGUCUCUGGACGAAACAUUGUCCUCAAUCAUGACACUAAAAAUGGCUGGCCUUGAUCCGAACCGUUUUAAAUGGGAGCCAAAAAUGGGGGUUGGAGAUGUCACGCUUGCCUGUCUUCAAAACUUGAGUGCCCUGCACUGUACAAAACACAGAAUAUACACAAAAAUAUAUUCAUUCACUAACACAAAAUGUACACCCAAUACUAACACCCAAUAUAUAAACAGACGCAGAUUAUGUAUGAAUUGUCCUUCAGUUUUAAUGGAAUGAAUGUGUCAAUGUAGUUCACUAAAAAACUAAAAAGUUCAAAAUGCCUCUACACAUGAGGGAUGUAUUUUACAGUCACUGACAGAACUGUAUUUAGCCGGUUGGCAUCACUCGCUUUUACAGCGGUACCCAAGCACACCACAGCAUAGAAAAGGAAGCUGGCCACCACAGACUGAUAGUCUAGUUCAUUUUUGUUGUUCAUAGUCUAGUUAAAAGUCUUCAAUGAUUAAAAAGAAUCUGAUUAAACAAAUCUGCAGAGAGGAGACCAAACAGGUUUCCACACAAGACAAAUCUGUUUGGUUUUGGAGAUAAUAUCACCAAAUACAAAUCUGAAGCGUAUACAGUUUCUUAUUUGAGUUUCAUAUUUCGGUUCCUCUUUAAAUACUGAAGUAAAUACCACAUUUCACCAGUUGAGAGCACUCAUUAUUCAUUUCUAAAAAUGUUCCGCUUGCACUAUUAUAAAGUAUAAAUAAGUUGACUAAUUAUACCUCUUGCCCAAAUGUAUUAUGGUAUGUUUUGCGAUUUGCUUGCUUUGUAAUUAUAAAUUGAUUCAAUCAUUGUUAUUAAAUAAAUGGUGAAGGAAGGUUUGUCA